CACGCACACAAGGGAAGCUCUGGUUUCAAAUUUUCCUAACUCAACUCAGCUCCGAUUUGGCCGGCAUUUUUCCGUCGAUUUUCUCACACAUUCAGCGACCAAUCAGGAGCCUUGAAUUUUAUUCUAUUAUGUUCCAUCAUCCAAUGGGAGCCCGAGACGGAAAUCUGGCGGACCAGGUCGGGACUUGUUGGACCUUGGAGACGGACCGGGACGGAUUGUCCGUCACUAAUGUACUGGUUCGACGAAUGUAAAGUCAAUUAGUGAGGUUUAGUCGCUACCAACCUUUAUCAUUGACAAGUUCUCAGAGUAACACAAACUCACGGUGACAAAACGCACACAUCAAAAGCAUUAAAUAUUCCAGCACUGAUCCAAUGCCAAUUUUUAACUAAAAGACAUAAAAAGCGUAUUAUGGUGAUACGGAUUGCAGACCCGGCAAGCAUUUUUGCGUACCCAGACUAUUCGCAACCAACAGACCUUUCUAGGACAGAAGCCAAAAUAAUGGCCUCAGUAGCUGCCCCGCCGAAUCUAAACCUGGAAGGCGGGGGCGGGGGACGGGUUGAAUCUCUUCCCGCCGAUUUAUCCCGCUCUAAACCCUGCUCCCGCCCUUUCCUCAUCUCAAACAUCAUGGGACUGGAGGAGAGGCGGGACCAGGAUUCUCCACCCACCCACCACCACCAGGAGGAGGAGGAUGGGGAGGAGGGAGGAGUGUCUCCGGGUGGUUCUCCGGGUCCAGAUUCAGAUUCAGAUCUCAUCGGAGCAGACGGAGACGAGGAUAGUAUAGCCAAGAUGCGUAAGCAGCGAAGGUAUAGGACGACCUUCACAUCCUUCCAGCUGGAGGAGUUGGAGAAAGCGUUCUCUAGAACCCACUACCCAGACGUGUUUACUAGGGAGGAGCUCGCCAUCAAGAUCGGACUCACGGAGGCCAGAAUACAGGUUUGGUUCCAGAACCGGAGAGCUAAAUGGAGAAAACAGGAGAAGGUUGGACCAAACGGACACCCCUACAGUCCAUACGGUCCUCCUCCUGGACUCAGUCUUGGUCCUGGUCCCAUGGGUGCUCUUCCAGCCUCCCCUGGAGGCCCUUUCUCCUCCCUAGGGUUCAUGGGGGCCGGCCGGAAACCGUUUGAAGGGCCCGGGAGUCCGUUAGUUUCAAACAAAUUUCCGAAUUCUUUCCUAACCCAGGAGCAGCAUCAGAUGCUUCCUUCCCUGAUGCACAACCGUCGGGAACAUCCUCAUCAUCCUCUCCUACCCCAACUCCGUCCUCCAUUUAUUCAUCCCAGCCUCUAUCCAGCCCUAGCCUCACUAUCCUCCGCUCCAGGGUAUCCGCCGUCUAUGGCCUCUUUUCACUCCGUCCUCGCCAGUCUCUCCGCCUACCGACCUGGACUACACCAGGAGAUACCAGAUUACGCUUCACUUCUCCGAGCAGCGGCAUCGCCCCCCUCGCCUCCGGCUUUCUCCGACGAGGCGAAAGCUCGACUUGACUCCGCCAAUGAUUUAAGAAUUAAGGCUCGAGAGUUCGAACUGAAACUUGAAUUGGAGAGCAAAGGUUCAGAACCAUAAUCCACGGAUCUCUUAACCUUUCUCUCUUCUGUGCUCUUUAGGAUACUUUGAGACCUAUGGCUCUCAAGGAACCAAGAGAACUUAAGAAAGUUUAGUUAAUCCUGCUUUUAGUGUUUUAAGAAAACUCUGUGAUAAUCCCGUCCUCUCUCUCUCUAUAUCUCUCUUUCUCUUUCUACACCCAGUGUGAAGUACUAAAUAUACAGGGUGAAUCAGAGAAACAGACAUUGAUAAAACCGUCUCAGACACCCUGUAUAUCCUCAAAUAUUGUAUAAUUAACCAUUCCUAAGUAUUUGUUUUUGAUGCAAUUGUUAAUGCAUUUUUAUUUUAUUUGAAUAGAAUUAUAUACAUAGUGCUUUAGACAAAUCA